AUGAAAUCUUACAAGAUUGUGGUGUUAGGAUCUGGAGGUGUCGGCAAGAGUGCUAUAACAGUUCAAUUCGUUUCUGGUUACUUUGUCGAACGCUAUGAUCCUACUAUUGAAGAUUUCUAUCGCAAAGUAUUACAGGUUGAUGGUGAUGAGGUUGAAUUGGAAAUACUGGAUACAGCUGGUACAGAACAGUUUGCAUCUAUGAGAGAUCUGUACAUCAAGAAUGGCGAUGGAUUUCUACUAGUCUAUUCGAUUGUCAAUGGUGAUACAUUUGAACAUAUUCAAGCCCUAAGACAGCAAAUUUUACGUAUGAGAGAUGAAAAUGUUCCUAUCGUGAUUGUUGGCAAUAAAUGCGAUCGAAGUGAUGAAAGAAUUGUCUCGUAUGAAGAUGGUAUAAUAUUAUCCAAAGAAUGGCGUUGUCCAUUUCGUGAAACAUCAGCUAAGACAACGCAAAAUGUUGUAGAUAUAUUUGUUGAUAUCGCUAAAGAAAUUGGUAGUGGUUCAGAUAGCUCAACUAAAUGUAAACCCACUUGUUGUACUGUACAAUAA